UUUAAUCAACUUGUCAAUUGCAACCACCCUCUCUUUAUGUUUUUUGUUCUUAUUUUAUGUUGUAGUGUGGCUCAAGGGAAUAGCUUAUCUGGGAAAAUUCCAUCAUUUAUAGCCAAUUGGACGGAACUCAACACGUUGGAUCUGUUAGGAAAUAAUUUUGAAGGCCCCUGGCCAAAGGAAAUCUCAUCAUUGGAAAAUCUCGUUUACCUAAAACUCAGCAAUGUAGUCACAAGAGGAAGUGCAUAUGAUUUUCCCGAUCUAUCGCAUAUGACUUCGUUGCAAGACUUGACAUUGAGGAAAUGUUCACUUCGUGGUCCCAUUCCGGGAUAUAUUUGGGAGCUUAAAGAAUUACAGAAUCUGGACUUGAGCUUCAACGAGUUAUCUGGACAACUGCCAAAUUUCAUUAGCACAUCUUUAACAUCUAUAUUCCUCAGGGAGAACAAGCUUAAUGGAUUAUUGCCAGGAUGGCUAACUAAGAGGAAGAACGUAAGACCACAUCGAUACGUGGAUGUUUCUGAAAACUUGUUUAAACUUACAACCUCAGAGUUCAACGCUUCAUCUGAUGAUCCGGACGUGAACUAUUUUCCAGGCUGCUCAAGUAAUUCGCCGCACACAAAAGAUAAAUGUGACGAUUAUUGCCAUAAUAAUCUAAAAUAUGAUGAAUUGUUUAUCAACUGUGGUGGGAAGGAAGUUACUGUAAAUGGCAAUCAGAACUACUCUGCUGAUCAGAACCCCAAUGGUUCAUCAACGUUUUCUCGCGAUGAAAAAGGAGGUUGGGGUUAUAGUAGCAUGGGUCUUACCAAGAGUUUGGAUAAGCGAUUAAUAAUCGAGGAUACAUGUAAUCUUUCCAAUACUGCAGCAGUUCUGGUUGAGACAGCCCGUGUAGCCCCCAUCUCUCUCAAGUACUAUGGAUUUUGUUUCUCCAAUGGAAAUUACACUAUCAAACUAUAUUUUGCUGAGAUAGGCUUAAGUAAAAAACAAGCCUUUCGUAUCACACCUACACGACUUUUUGAUAUUGACAUCCAGAGGAAGAAUGUACGGAAGAACUACAAUAUAGAAGCAGAAGAACCAAAUGCUGAUGGGGAUAAAAUUGUGGAAUAUAAUACUUCUAUAAAAUCACAUCUUGAAAUUCACUUGUACUGGUCUGGUAAUGGCUCGGUCAUCUACUCGCAGAACUAUGGUCCCCUAAUUUCAGCUAUUUCUGUAACCAAAGGUAUGUUUUAUAUGUCUGGUGUAUUGUCAUUCAUAUUCUUCAGUGUCUCUUCUAAGACAACAAUACUUUGAUGGUAGUUC